GUUGAGACAAACAGUACAACAGCCUCUUCAACAGAAGCACAGAUGGAGUUGCUUUGCAAGAAUUGCAAUAGCCUAGUGGGUGUUGAAGAUACAGUUGCUAAAGGAUGGCGACUAUUCAAAACAAGCUUAUCUGCAAGCAAGCAGCUGUCGGAAGGUGAUUGCAAGAGCCUAGGAUGGGAAAGCCAUCCUUUAGAGGUGGUUGUAGCAGCACAAUUGUUAGAGUUGAUUGAAAGAGAAAGUGCUCGACGAUUUGUUCUCCACUGCGGACGAGGGGAUGGGCUACUAAUCUGGGUCUUCAAUCCGGACAUGCGAUAUUCGAAUUCUAGCUCGGAUCAUAGUAUAACUGCGCAGCGGGCCAUGAAAAUCCUUUUCCAGGAUGUUAUCGAUGUGGAUGGGAUGCUUCAUCCGGAUCGUGGCAAGGCGUCAUCUUUGUCCCUGGAGGAACUUCGACUGCCACCCGGUGUCUUCUCUGCUAUCUCAGAAACCUUGAUAAGUAGGAAUAGGAUGCUACCAAAGUCAGCAAGGGAGUUUCGAGGAUGGAAGGUUGGCAUCAUGCAUCGGCAUGACCGGACAAAGAAUGUUUGAGAAGAGAUAGUUGUGAAGUGAGUUGGUAUGUUUCGUUUGUCGACAAAACAUCGUCAGGUACCUUAUUCCUCUUUGGGAAUGCAGGCCGAUGUCACUGGACCACAUUCCCAUUCCCAUUUCCAGGGCGAAUUGACUUCCUUCUACUCCAUACUCUACAUUCCGUUGAUCUCUUGGCACUGUCACUUUGGUAUUCAUCCAUCGAUUCAUUCCCUCACUGGCUUAACCUCUAAUGUAUCUCUUUAG